AGUCAGUAAUUCAUUGGCUUUUGGUUUGCAAUCAUUUGUGACAAUGAUUUCAAUUAGCGUUUAAUUAUUUGCAAUCAAUUAUACACUCAAUUGGUCUGUGAAUUAGUGAUGCAAUACUAUUGUCACCAUUGGAUGUGAUGUGAAGGACAGCCACACGCGAAGACAUUGCCACACAAAACGAUGGGACAGAUCCUGAAGCUAAUGGCCGACCAAUUGGUGUAUUUUGACUACAAUUACGUUAAUUAUAAUGAUUUGAAUCACAAUUUCAAUCAUAACUACAAUAAUAACAGUAAUAAUCAGAAAAUGCAUAGAAAUUCAAAUGAUUUGAACGAAACCAAUGGAUUACCUGAUCUGUCUGAAUGGCCGCCAGAGUUGAGUCUAACAGUGCUGAAGAACCUGAACGCCACGGAUCUAUGUCUGGCCGCCUGCGUGUGGACAGAGUUGGCCACCGAUGAGGUGACAGCCACACGCGAAGACAUCACCACUGAAGACACGAUGGGACAGAUCCUGAAGCUAAUGGCCGAUCAAUUGGUGUAUUUUGACUACAAUUACGUUAAUUAUAAUGAUUUGAAUCACAAUUUCAAUCAUAACUACAAUAAUAACAGUAAUAAUCAGAAAAUGCAUAGAAAUGCAAAUGAUUUGAACGAAACCAAUGGAUUACCCGAUUUGUCUGAAUGGCCGCCAGAGUUGAGUCUAACAGUGCUGAAGAACCUGAACGCCACGGAUCUAUGUCUGGCCGCCUGCGUGUGGACAGAGUUGGCCACCGAUGAGGUGUUGUGGCACUCAUUGUCUUGUUCUCAAUGGGGAUACGUAUCGAUAUAUCUGAAGCCAAAAAUGGACAACUUUUCCUACCAUAAGAUGUAUCUGCAGUUAGACGAGGGAAGCGUUACCUUCAACGCCGACUCUCAGAUGGGAAUGGAUUACUUCUUCAAACACGAACUGCUGGACAACAGGCCGUCAGAGAUCGCGAAGUUCUUUCAUUUGGCGAAACCGCUGGACAAACGACAGAUGCGGUUAUAUCUAAACAAAAGGCCGGAAAUACUGGAUAUACUGAUUAAUAUGCAGGACUUCGAGAACCAGUUCCUGCCGCAGGCGUUGCGCCGCUUCUUCGCCGUCCUUCAGGCGCCCGACAAACGCGACCAUUACUUGCAUCUAAUGGUCGACAAGUUUUCGCACCGCUUCUGCAAAUGCAAUCCCUCGCUCGGCCUCAACGCCGACAUGAUUUACGUGCUGUCCUUCUCGUUGAUCAUGUUGUCCGUCGACCUCUCGAGUCCGCACAUCAAGAACAAGAUGUCUAAACGCGAGUUCAUUCGCAACGUUAGACACGCCAUACAUAAGAUGGACGACGAGCUGUACGGACACCUCUACGACGAUAUCUAUCUUAAGGGUCACAUCGCUGUCAACACCAAAACCUGACCGCUCUCUCGGCUCU